AUUGGCUGUCGUUAUUCGCAGACCGACGGACGACGGACGGGACGGACGCUCCUCGUGUUUACUUUUUUAUGUGGCUGUUUUUCUAAUCUUAGAAAUGGGAAGGAAAAUACCUGUUAGAAAGCACAAAGGUGUCAACGAUCCUGAAAAGCAGAAACGAGUAAGAGAUGCGAAAGUCAAAAAUCUCAUAAAUAAUCCUCCCUCUGCCAAUGAUGAUAGUGAGCCACUUCCUAAAAGUCUCCAAGAAAUCAUGCGACUUCGUCAAAUGGUGAAAGAGGGGAAGUUUAAUAACAAAAAGAAGCGUAAAAACAAGAAGAAGAAAGAUGUUCAGUUAAAUGUGGAAGGCAAGCCUCUUCUAGAUUCUAGUAAUUUUAUUGGACCACCCGAUGUUAAGCAGUCAGGAAUGAAACGACCAGAGAAACCUAUACCAACCAUCCAGCAGCGGGCAGGAGAGAAGGAUAGAACCUUUCUGUAUAGAGUGCAACAACUUUGUGAGGAUGUUAUUAAAGAAGUGAAGUUUGAGAAGAAGUACAAAGUUGAUGUUGUGCGGAAUGAAGAGACUGGACAGAUUGAAAAUCUUCAAAAGAAAAAGAAGGAUGAUGUGGAUGAAAUGUUAAAGGCAGAAGCUAAGAAAGCCAGAGAUGCUGCAAACCCGAAGAAAAGGAGAAAAUCUAAGAAAAAGGAAGCUGAGGAAGCUGCUGCUAAAGAGGAGAAAUUAAGGAAAAGAAAAGACAGAAGAAAGAUAAAACGAGAAAAAGUGAAGCAGAAAGUAUUAGCUAAAAAUGAGGAUAAGAUAGGAAAUAUAAUUCGGGAAACAGUGAAAUUUGGGGAUGUAGCAGAUCGACCUCCAGAAAUCAAAGUGAAACCAAGAAAGGCAAUUGCUGACCGGAAUGUUGCAAAUCUAAUGUUUAAUCAAAUGAUAAUAAACGGAAAGGCCUUAGAAAAAGAAAUGAAAGAAAAACACCAAGAUCUAAAAUCACAAAAUGGUAAACCUUUAUCAAAGCCUUCACUUAAAGGAAAACGGAAAGACUUGCCUGUUGCUCAAAGACUUAUGCUUGAAGAGCAACAAAAAUCUGUCAUAGCUGCUUACAGAUUAAUGAAGGCUAAGAAAGAAAAGCUAAAAGCAACUGUUUAGUAGAAAAAAUAUUUCAUCAAUAAAUUAUUUCUUUAAUUACGUC